AUGACGAUGCUUGCGAUGGCGCGAGGCUCAGAAGACCGUAGAGAAGACCAAGAGACCGAGACAGAAGCUGAAGGAGAAGCUAAUGGGGAAGUCGACGUAGUAGGAGUAGAAGAGGCUGCGCCAGUAGACUUAACCAGAAGACUAGGGCUAACCAGGCCCCCGGAAAGACAGGCUAUAGCUUUUUCAGUUGAGAAUAUUUUGGAUCCUAAUAAAUUCACGGGAAGAUCUGAAGUGCCGCUGAGAUAUAAUGAACAAUAUUGGAGGCCACAUUACGACAGGGACGAUAGUGAUUCUGUAAAGGACCACCUCCAACACUCCGACCUGGAAACUGACGAAGUGGAGACCGACGAUCAAACGUCGAAUCUCGACGAUGACAUUUUGACCCAGUCUGAUUUGGACGAAAACGGUGACCCGAAGAGCCCAACAAGUUCAAGUUCUAAAAAAGGAAAAAGUUCGUCCAGUAGCAGAGACUCUAAAGGAGGGACGAAACCCAGAAGGGCAAGGACGGCGUUCACAUAUGAGCAGUUGGUUUCUUUGGAGAACAAGUUCAAGACGACGAGGUACCUUUCUGUGUGUGAAAGGCUUAACCUCGCGCUGAGCUUGAGUUUAACUGAAACACAGGUAAAAAUCUGGUUCCAGAACCGUCGUACUAAGUGGAAAAAACAGAAUCCUGGAAUGGACGUCAACAGCCCCACGGUACCACCACCGUCAGCGGGCGGGUUCCCCUCCGGACCUUAUCCUGGGGGCCUCCUGUACUCUCAUGGGGUACCGUAUCCGUUCACAGGUCCUGGGCCUUAUGCACCGUACUUUCAUCACUUGGCCGCGAACCAUCAUCACACGCAUGGGAGCUUAGGUCAUUCUCAUACGUGAUUGUGGCAACGCCCUGGGCAGGAUCCUAGGGAUAAGGAGAAUGAUAGUGUUGGAACUACCUGACUUUUGUGAAGUGACUGUGUAUUUUAAUAAUCUGUUCGUUGCAAUUUGAAGAGAAACUUAUCAUUGACAUUACAAAGUCUAGUAUUGCUGGAACAAAUAUGUAAUAAUGA